CCCCAUGGCCCCGUGAGGUUCGUAACACCAGGAAGAAUUACUUUGCCCAGUUUUCAGGACACUUUCUCUGUGGCAGAAACUUGACGAGGAAGACCGAUCAAUCUCAUCGAGCAUUUUUUUCUUCAUUCUCCAGUGUUAUAGAACGCAUGAAAACUACAGUGGAUUUUCCAGUAGUUAAGACUAUGGUUACAAAAUCUCUUUCUAACCUUUCCCUGCAAACCGACGAGAAUGAGAGCAACUUGAUUCCGGGCAUCUUAGAGACAGAUUCCUUGCCUUCCUCAGAACAGGGCACCGCGGAGUUCGUGAUCCGCUGCGUGAUCCCGUCGCUAUACCUGCUUAUUAUCACCGUGGGUUUGCUGGGCAACAUCACCCUAAUGAAGAUCUUCAUCACUAACAGUGCCAUGAGAAGCGUUCCUAACAUCUUUAUCUCUAGCCUAGCAGCUGGGGAUCUGCUACUUUUGGUGACCUGCGUGCCGGUGGAUGCCUCUCGCUACUUCUUUGAAGAGUGGAUGUUUGGGAAAGUGGGCUGCAAACUUAUUCCCGCCAUACAGCUUACCUCAGUGGGAGUUUCUGUGUUCACUCUCACAGCGCUUAGUGCAGACAGAUAUAAAGCCAUUGUGAAUCCCAUGGAUAUCCAAACAUCAGGUGCAGUCCUGUGGACCUGUGUGAAAGCCAUUGGCAUAUGGGUAAUUUCUGUGCUGUUAGCAGUUCCUGAAGCAGUGUUCUCUGAAGUAGCCCACAUCACUAGUAUGGAUAACGGCAGCUUCACAGCGUGUAUGCCAUACCCACAGACUGAUGAGUUACACCCAAAGAUCCACUCAGUGAUGAUUUUCUUGGUCUAUUUCCUCAUACCCCUUGUUAUCAUAAGUAUUUAUUAUUACCACAUUGCAAAAACAUUAAUCAAAAGUGCACACAACAUCCCUGGAGAAUACAAUGAGCAUUCUAAAAAACAGAUGGAAACACGAAAACGCCUGGCUAAAAUUGUCCUGGUCUUUGUGGGCUGCUUUGUGCUCUGUUGGUUUCCAAAUCAUGUGCUCUACAUGUAUCGGUCUUUUAACUACAAAGAAAUUGACCCAUCCCUUGGCCAUAUGAUCAUCACCUUAGUGGCCAGAGUGCUGAGCUUCUGCAACUCUUGCGUCAACCCAUUUGCUCUUUACCUGCUCAGUGAGAGCUUCAGGAGACAUUUUAAUAGUCAGCUGUGUUGUGGGAGGAAGGCCUAUAGGGAGAGAUCUACCAGCUACUUACUUAGUUCCUCUGCUGUGCGGAUGACUUCUUUCAAAAGCAAUGCUAAGAACACAGUGACCAAUUCUGCCUUCCUGAAUGGGCACAGCAUGAAACAGGAAAUGAAUCUGUGAUUCCAGUUAUUUGACUCACUAUCUUGAAAGAACCCAUUCUUUCUAUAUCAUUGCUGAGCUGAGCAGGACCAAACAAUUCCCUCCUUAUUCCUAUGUUCUUUCAGUUAUUUCAUUAGAGGAUUGAUUGCUGUUGACUCAGAAAAGGCAAGACAAACAAAACAAGUAUUUUUCUCUGAAUGAAUCCUUUAAUUACAUUCAACACAUGGAUUGCCCACAUAGAGAAAGACUGAAGAUCAGUUUAAAAUAUUUUCCAUGCUCUCAACCUGCAUUGUCCCCCCACCAAAAAAAAAAAAAAAUCCCAGCCUGAUAUAACACAAUAUUACAAACUGUAGGAUUUAAGCUAAUGCUAUAGAUAACUGCAGAAUCUUCUCUUUAGAAGUGUUUUUCUUGGAAAUAUGACAUGAAUUUCUAUUUCUUAAGAUAUUCCACAAGGGGUUACAUAAUACUGAGAUUUAGUUUUUUUCAGAGACUUGCUAUUUCAGAUAUAGGUUACAUUUACAGAUGUUUACUUUGGGGACUUUUAAAAAUAGUGCCAAUAUAUGCACAAAACGAAAGUCAUUUCAAAAUUUGGACCCAAAUUCUAAGUGGUGAUAAUAGAUAUUGAAAAUUCAGUGAAUGUGUCAGCAUAAAAUGCAUCUCUGACCUUCAGAAAUUUGGCUUCUAAGAUGAUGUGAUACAUUUUUUUAAAACACAGUAAAAAAAUAACAACGAUAAUUCACUUAACAAUGUAAUAGCAUAAUGGUUAGUACCAUCUAUACUAAACAGUAGAAUUCUUUGGUGAUGAGUUGCUCCUGUGGGUAUGAUUAAGCACAUAUAUGCCAUCCCUCAAGAACAAUAGUUAUGGGGGUUGUGCAGUUCAUGUCAGCUUCUGAGCAAAAAAAGAAAAAAGUUAAAAAAAUCUGUAGUCUGAUCAAUUUCUUUUAUGUUUCACAUCUCAUAGGAUCAUAGAUUUAGAGGCAGAAUGUACUUUAAAGGUUAUCUAGUACAACUUCAUCAUUUUAUAAAUAUGGAAACUGAGACCUAGAG